AUAGAAAGAGCAAAUUUCCGACCCGAGACCUGAUCUUUCGCCACAGUGCUCGUUUUCAGUGCAACAAAGGAAUCGACAGAGAAAGUAAGUUUUGUGUUAAACUCUCUCCGAUUCUUCUGCAGUUCCAUUUUGCUGCGGACUCCACUUUCGGUACUGUUCCAAUUCAUGCUUUGCUUCAAGUGACGCUUCUCACAGUCCUUGUUCAACUCCACGGUUGGUCAUCGAUAUGAUUUUGUCAAAUCUCUGAUUGGAUGCUCUGUAGCCAAACUGUUUUGUCCAAUGACUUUAAUGGAAAUCAAUCACGCAAUUAGUUUCCUUUGAUAUAAACUUGUGAUUGAGAGUGGUUAUGUGAAUAAUUAUUCGUAGACGAAAUUGAAGGAAUGCGUCUCCGAUCUUAGAGAGAUUAAGAAACAAGAGAAAUUAAAUACAGUUUCUAUUCAAUUCGGAUCUGAGAAUUUUCUAUCCGCGAGAUACUGAUCGAAGCUGCAAGUUCUCAAUCCCUGCGUUGGCUUCCGAAUUCGAAGGGAAUUCGGACUUACAACACAGUAACGGAAUUGAAUUCCAUGAGAUUUUAGCUUCGGCAAGACCGAAAUUCAAAAAUUCGUUGAAUCACCGGGAAAGAAAAGGAAAUAUUCUAGUUUUAAUGGAGCUUCCUGAAGCGCGUUCUUUUGGAACCGAAGGAAGAAAACCGACGCAUGACUUUCUGUCACUCUACAGUAAUUCAACUGCCCAACAAGAGCCAAGGCCACCUUCUCAAGGAAGCUACCUCAAGACCCAUGAUUUCUUGCAGCCACUAGAACGGGUAGAAACCGAAGCCAAUGCCAAGGAAGAAGUUACAGAUGAAAUAGCAUCGGUGGUUUCAGUACUACCACCCCCAGCACCACCACCUUCAGUUGAGCACCUCUUACCUGGAGGAAUUGGAACUUACAGUAUUAGCCACAUUUCCUAUUUUAAUGAUAAUCAAAGGGUUCACAAGCCAGAGGCAUCCCUUUUCACUGGGCGUCAAGCAACUAGUACAGAUAGAAAUGAUGACAACUCCAACUGCAGUUCAUAUACUUCAAGUGGUUUCACUUUGUGGGAAGAAUCUGCGGCUAAGAAGGGAAAGACAGGAAAGGAGAAUAAUGCGGGCGAGAAACCCAAUAUUGAGUCUGCGGCAAAGCUAGGACAGUGGACGUUGCCAGAGCGAACGUCACAGUCGUUUUCUAACAAUCGUCAGAGCAGCUUCAAGUCUCGCUCUUCAUCACAGACAACCGGGCAGAAGAACCAGAGUUUUACGGAAAUGAUGAAGUCUGCAAAGGAUUGUGCCCAGGAUGAAGAGCUAGAAAACGAAGAAACAUUUUUUCUUAAGAAAGAAUCCUCGAAUGCCGAAAGAGAACUGCGGGUGAGAGUGGAUGGGAAGAGUACUGAUCAAAAGCCAAACACUCCAAGAUCAAAACAUUCUGCUACAGAACAGCGGAGAAGGAGCAAAAUAAAUGACAGAUUCCAGAUGUUACGAGAGCUUAUUCCACACAGUGACCAAAAGAGGGACAAAGCAUCUUUUUUGUUAGAGGUCAUUGAGUAUAUUCACUUUUUACAAGAGAAGGUGCAUAAGUACGAAGGUUCAUUCCCAGGGUGGAAUAACGUGCCAGAAAAAUUGACGCCAAUGCAGAGAGAUAACGACAGGCCAGCAGAAAGUUUUGAACCUCGUGGCACAAAUAGUGGGUCAGGUCCAUCUCCAACAUUGCUGUUUUCUUCAAAGAUUGACGGGAAUAAUAUCACCAUCUCCCCAUCAACUCCUGGUAGUACCCAGAAUGUAGAAUCUGGCUUGAGCACAACGACUACCUUCAAGACAAUGGAUCCUCACUCUGGAAUAAUGAAUAAGGCUUUUCCAAUUCCUAUUUCUUCACAACCAAAUUUCUUCAGUCCAACUCAAAUCGGAGCUCAAGGCGGAGUAGUGUCUCAGCUCACACAUAGAUUGGCAUCUGAUGCACAGAACACCAUAUAUCAACCUUCAGUGGAGUGUCAGACUAUGACUGCUACCAGUGAAAAGCUGAAAGAGAAAGAGCUCACUAUUGAAGGUGGUGCUAUUAGCAUAUCAAGUGUGUACUCAAAAGGGUUGUUGGAUACACUUACACAAGCACUGCAGAGUUCGGGAGUGGAUUUGUCACAGGCUAGCAUCUCAGUGCAAAUUGAACUUGGUAAGCAAGCUAACAUCAGACCAACUGUGCCAGUGUCAAUUGGAGGUGCUAAGGAUAAUGAAGUUCCUUCUAAAAAUCAAAGAAUGAUGCGUUCUAGAGUCGCUAGCGCUGAGAAGUCUGAUCAAGCAGUCAAGAAGCUAAAGACAUGCAGAAGCUAAUUCGACCGUUAUAUCCAUUCUUUCCUUAUUACGAUUUUUAUUAAUUAUUUGGGGUAACUUUUUUAAAAUUAAUUUUUGGAAGGGGUAUUUAUAUCUUCUGCUGGCUUAUUAUCCAGCAAGGGUGAUAUCUUCUGUACAUGUAGUGUAUUCUUAGUUUGUUGGCGAUCCUUAGGCUCCCCACAACAAAAUAAUAUGCAUUAUUUUAGAAUCUACAUUAUAUAAUUAUAGAGGCUUCCAUACUAAUUGAGAAGCUGUGUUUUAAUCAAGGCUUCGAUUCAUGUAAAGUUUGAAACUUUGGUCCUUUAUUUGCUGCAUAUUUUUUAACAUUGGU